GACACAGCAGCAGAACCCUUCCGAUGGGACCUGUGCGUGACAUAGAACCCCCCCGCACGACGUUACGGGAGGACAGAAGAGGAUUGUCGGGAGGAGUGACAGCUUGCAUCGUCCUGGUCGUCAUCUUACUCCUGCUCCUGGUCCUCAGCUACGUCUGGAAACUUUAUAAACGUAACGGCAAGCAAGUGUUCCACCGAAAGCAGACGCAGCGUCAGUGGAUUGGACCCACGGGUGCAGCGAGCCAUGCAGUCUCCUUCCACCGAAACAAUAACGCCAACUUCAGACCAGUGUCCUCCCAGAGUGCGAACAGCAACGUGUACACAGACGGCCCGCCGAAAGACACGUUGUCUGCCUAUCCAGCUUUAGAACGAAGGGCUAAUGCCCCGCUCAAUCUCCGAGACAAUUCUUCGGACAGUGACUACGAUUUCUUCGACACCCACGGCCAACGACUGUAGAUCCAGGGCCCUCCUCCCGGGUAGGGUGAGUACAGAC